CCCGGAUUGAAGCGCCGCCAUUUUUGCUGUCCGGACGCGGAGCUAGAGGCUGAGAGAGUCGAAGACGCUAUCCGCUUCCAUCCGUCGCACAGACCCUGCCGGAGCCGCCGCCGCUAUGGAUGAUCGGGAGGAUCUGGUAUACCAGGCGAAGCUGGCCGAGCAGGCUGAGCGAUACGACGAAAUGGUGGAAUCCAUGAAGAAAGUAGCAGGGAUGGAUGUGGAGUUGACAGUUGAAGAAAGAAACCUACUAUCUGUUGCAUAUAAAAAUGUGAUUGGAGCCAGAAGAGCCUCCUGGAGAAUAAUCAGCAGCAUUGAACAGAAAGAAGAAAACAAGGGAGGAGAAGACAAACUAAAAAUGAUUCGGGAAUAUCGGCAAAUGGUUGAGACUGAACUAAAGUUAAUCUGUUGUGACAUUCUGGAUGUACUGGACAAACAUCUCAUUCCAGCAGCUAACACUGGCGAGUCCAAGGUUUUCUAUUAUAAAAUGAAAGGAGAUUACCACAGGUAUCUGGCUGAAUUUGCCACAGGAAAUGACAGGAAGGAGGCUGCAGAGAACAGCCUAGUGGCUUAUAAAGCUGCUAGUGAUAUUGCAAUGACAGAACUUCCACCAACGCAUCCCAUUCGCUUAGGUCUUGCUCUCAAUUUUUCUGUAUUCUACUAUGAAAUUCUUAAUUCCCCUGACCGUGCCUGCAGGUUGGCAAAAGCAGCUUUUGAUGAUGCAAUUGCAGAACUGGAUACCCUGAGUGAAGAAAGCUAUAAGGACUCUACACUUAUCAUGCAGUUGUUACGUGAUAAUCUGACACUAUGGACUUCAGACAUGCAGGGUGAUGGUGAAGAGCAGAAUAAAGAAGCGCUGCAGGACGUGGAAGAUGAAAAUCAGUGAGACAUAAAAGCCAACAAGAGAAACCAUCUCUGACCACCCCACUCCUCCCCAUCCUCACCCCUUGGAAAUUCCCAGUUGUCACUGAGAACCACGAAAUCUGACUUUUACAUUUGGUCUCAGAAUUUAGGUUCCUGCCCCCAUUUUUUUUUUUUUUUUUUUUUUUUUGGUUUGGUUUUUUUUUUGUUUUUUGUUUUUUGUUUUUUUUUAAUAGUUUUCAAAAGUUCAUAAAGGCAAGAGUGAAUUUCUGUGGAUUUUACUGGUUCCAGCUUUUAGGUUCUUUAAGACACUAACAGGACUGCAUAAGGCUUUUUCAGCAUUACUGUGUUGUCUACAUGCCAGAUGUGGCAAGAUCACCAUUAGAAAUGGAAAUUACUUUCAAAAGCCAUUAGACUUGUAGGCAAUGUCACCAUCUAAGAGAGAGGUUAAUCACUGUAGAGGCGUAUGUGGUGGUAACAUUUUUUGUCUUUCUAAAUGUUUAAAUCAAAUUUUAUACCAGUGUUGAAAAUUAAUUGGGUGUUAGCUUGAUGGUUAAAGGUUGUUUCGGGAAUUUAUUACAAUGGUUUUGCUGUAAAAAAUGUUCAAACUCUGCUGAAAUGUUGCUGAAAAAUAUGGUGCUGGUAACAGUUCAACAAUCCGUGGCUGCUCAUUCUUGCCUACUUUUACUUUCCCUCUGAAGCAGGUUAGCAUUGAAGGUGGUAUGGAAAAGCCUGCAUGCGUGUUCAGUUCUUUGUUUUUUCUCCUUCCCUGUCUCCCUGCCCCUCCCUUGCCCCCUCCUUCGCUCGCUCAACCUCUUUUGUUCAGUAUGUGUAACUUGAAGCUAAUUUGUACUACUGGAUAUCUGACUGGAGCCACAGAUACAGAAUCUGUAUUGUUCUUACUGAAACACAGCAUGGAAUUAACAUUAAACUUAAAUAAAACAAACCUAAAUUAAAAAUGCCAAAUAUUAUUGCGCCUCCAUCCUUUAUACUUCUAAAAUAAAAUCUCUAGUCCAAACACA